AUGGGCGACCACAGGCUGGCGGGCCCCUCUGUCCAGGCGGUGCACACCAGCGGCAGGGACCAGGACAUGGGCGUCACUGAGCGCACCACGCCGCGACACUCCUUCCAGCAGGACAAUGACCAUGACGCCGAUGACUUUGACAAGUGGUCCGACUUUGACGCCGAUGAUCAUUCAUCCGGCGUACGCAACGACGAAGCCGGCAACGUCUCAGAACACGGCCGCCUGCUCGAUCCUGACCAGGCCGCCGAGGCUUUCGAGCUUGGGGAUCGCGUCUCGCUUGGGAAUGGUGCUUCCGUCUUCAAGGACACCGAGGCCGAGAACUCGCCGUAUCCCGAGGUCCGCGCCGCCGUGCGCAACUACGACGAGGACGUGCCGGCCAACACGGUCCGCGCGUGGACCAUCGGCCUCGCCCUCACCAUCGCCGGCGCGUCCAUGAACACGCUCUUUUCGCUGCGCCAGCCGAGCAUCUCCAUCGGUCCCCUGGUCGCGCAGAUUGUCGCCUACCCCAUCGGCCACACCUGGGCGAGAAUCAUGCCCGCGCGGGAGUUUCGCACGUUGGGCGUGCGGUGGAGCUUGAACCCGGGGCCGUUCAACAUCAAGGAGCACGCCGUCAUCACCGUCAUGGCGGGUGUCUCGUUUUCGGUGGCGUACUCGACCGACAUUAUCCUCGCGCAGCUCGUGUUUUACAAGCAGGAUUUCGGCAUCUUAUUCCAGCUUCUCUUGACAAUAUCCACGCAGUCGCUCGGCUACGGUAUUGCCGGCGUCAUGCGCAAGUUCUUGGUAUAUCCUGCAUCAAUGAUCUGGCCAGAGAAUCUGGUCAGCGUGACUCUACUAAACGCCAUGUAUGAGGAAACCAGCGCUCCUGAUCAUAAAGUCCUCGGCGGGUCCAUGCCUCGACUGAAGUGGUUCGGUCUGGUAUCUGUAGGCUCCUUCUUUUACUUCUUCAUUCCCGGCUUCUUUGCCCGUUUUCUCAGCGUCUUUGCGUUUCCUACGUGGUUUGCGCCAGAGAAUGCAGUUGUCAACCAACUGUUUGGCGGCUACAUCGGCUCGCCCCUAAUCCCACCUUGGCACGCCAUUGCCAACACGCUCCUCGGCGUUGUCCUCUUCUUCAUCUGUCUCUCGUCGGUAUUGCACUACAGCGGCGCCUGGUACUCGCCCUACCUGCCCAUGAGCGACGCUGGCACCUACGACAACAGAGGCAAGGCGUACAACACGACCAAGAUCCUCACGCCGCAAUUCACUCUCAACGAGCCGGCAUACAAAGCAUACUCGCCGCUCUUUAUCAGCACCACCUUUGCCGUUGCCUAUGGACUUUCCUUUGCGUCCAUCUCGGCACUUCUCGUGCACACAUGGAUCCACAGCCGCAAGACCAUCUGGAAGCAGUACCGCAAUAGCACCACAGAAAAGCCAGACAUUCACAUGAAGAUGAUGCGUAAAUAUCCCGAGGCACCAGACUGGUGGUACCUGUCACUCUUUUUACUUAUGCUUGCCAUUGGCCUUUAUACCGUUGUCGCAUACCCAACCAACUUUGCAUGGUGGGCUUUUCUCUUGGCCAUUUUCAUUUCCUAUGCAUUUUCUUUGCCGAUUGGUAUCAUCCAGGCUGUCACGAAUACGCAAAUCGGUCUCAAUGUCUUGACCGAGUUCAUCUACGGUUACAUCCAGCCCGGUCGUCCUCUCGGUCUCAUGUUAUUCAAGACAUUUGGCUAUGUCACAAUGUCUCAAUCCCUUGGCUUCAUUGCCGAUCUCAAAUUUGGCCACUACAUGAAGGUGCCGCCGCGCACCAUGUUCAUGGCCCAAGUCGUCGCCACCACCGUGUCCUGUUUUGUCCAGAUUGCCGUCCUCAACCUCGCCCUCGGCAGCAUCGACAACGUCUGCGAUAUUCACCAGCGCGACCGAUUCACCUGUCCUGGCGGCCGAGUCUUUUUCUCCGCGUCCAUCAUCUGGGGUCUCAUCGGCCCAGCGCGCAUCUUCUCCCCCGGCCGCAUCUACUCCGGUCUCUUCCUCUUCUUCGUCCUGGGUGCUGUCGCGCCCGUUGCCAUCUACCUCUGGACCCGGCGCUGGCCCAGCUCGCCCGCCAAGUACCUCAUGGCGCCCGUCAUCUUUGGCGGCGCCGGCGCCAUUCCGCCCGCCACGCCACUCAACUACUUUUCCUGGGGCAUCGUCGGCUUCGUUUUCCAGUGCUGGAUCAAGAAGCGCCACUUCGGCUGGUGGUCGCGCCUCAACUUUCUCACCUCGUGCGGCCUCGACCUCGGUCUGGCGUUUGGCACGCUCGUCCUCUUCUUUGCGUUUACCCUGCACGACAUCAAGCCGCCGCAGUGGUGGGGCAACGCCAUUGUCGAGAAGACAAUGGACUUUCAGGGGACGGCGAUCCAGGCGCUCCUGCCAGAGGGGCAGACGUUUGGUCCAGCAACAUGGUGA